AUGAUGCAGCCCUCUCAACAAACAAUCAUAGAUUUCUUGAGCACCAUAUUACCCGACUCGUCCCUCUCGAAGAGGCGCUCGAUUAUUUCGUCCCAGUUUUCCCGUCUCCUGCUAUGGGCCGACGAUCCAAUGGAGCAAUCCCCACCUGAGUGUUGUGAGUCCUCGUCAUCCGUCUCGUCAAACGUGCCGUAUUUGGAGGGAGAAAAGGCGUGGGGCACUGCUAAAGUCACCGCCCGGCGUAGGGCUGCUCUGUACUCCUCAACGUGCUCUUUGGCUAAAGAUUCUUGGCGUUCCAUCCUUUGUUUUGCCGGGAUUUCCAACGUGUCGUCUUUCUCUUGCAUCAACUAUUAUGGCGUGAUCGGAGGUAGCAUUACAAGAGAGAACUAUAUGCUCAAACCUCCCAUCUACCGGCACGGCUGUCUUCACAACGGGAGGAAAUCUUCCACAUCUAAUAAGCAAAAAGGGGAUUCAGAAAAAUUUAAGUUUUGGAAGUUCGUAUGA